UUCAUUGGUAGAAAUAGCUGGCGCGUAGUAUCAACGUGAGGAUCACGCUUCUUGGUAUCGAAGAGGCAUCUCGAUUGAUAGUAGUGUUUAUUUACUCUGAAUUAGUAAAAAAUGGUGAUACUGACAAGCUUCCCACCUCCUACAGAAGGAAUUCGGCAUAAACAAGAGAAUACAGUAGCGAAUAUCGAUGGCAGCACUUUAGGAAAUGGAACCCUCUAUGUUGCAGAAAGCCGGUUGUCAUGGAUGGGUGAAAAUGGACGAGGUUUCUCACUGGAAUACCCGGCAAUAAGUUUGCAUGCAGUCUCGCGAGACACAUCCAGUUUCCCUCAAGAAUGUCUGUAUUUGAUGGUGGAGGGCAAAUUAUCAGGCGAGGCACAGGACGGGUCAUCUGAAGGGGAGGAGGAAGACGACCAACCAAUCGGAGAAGUUCGCUUUGUACCAAGCGACAGAGGAACAUUGGACGCCAUGUUUCUUGCCAUGAAUGACUGCCAAGCCCUACAUCCGGACCCACAAGACUCCGACUCAGAAGCUGACGGAGAUGAAGACUUCUUCACAGGAGAAGAAGGUGAAGGUCAGUUGACAGAGCAAGGGGAAGCAACUCUACAGCAUCUAGACAAUCUGUUACAGGUGGGGCAAGGCGAUGGAGCUGAGGGGCAGCAGAACGGCCACCACAGGGGUGGUGGUGGAGGAGUUGGGGAGGAGAACAUGGAGUUGGGUCAGUUUGAGGACGCCGACAUGGAGCAGUGAGCGCGACAGGGGGGGCCUGACUCGCUGUCAGUCGGGGAGAUGCUACAGUGAUAGUGCCACCAUCUGUUCAGACAUCAGUCUGGAUGAGCUCUGGCAGCGAUUACUCUGAAGCCUUGUGUGAAAGCUGUGUAUGUGUGAUGUACGCCUGAAGAUAGUGUAUGUUCCAUAGAUGAAGAGAAUAAAGGACAGCAGCCUGUGUUACCGAGGUGGCUAGUCUGAAGACCUCGAGAGGUGUUCCUGAGACUGUCAGCCUGUUGUUGUCAGGACAACGGCUGCAUGUGUUCCCGAGGUGGCUAGUCUGAAGACCUCAGACGAACAGCUGCAGGUGUUCCUGAGAUGGUUAUUCUGAUGUCAAGAAUAUGGCUGCAUUUGUUACCGAGGUGGCUAGUCUGAAGAACUCAGACGAACAGCUGCAGGUGUUUCUGAGAGUCUGGGCCUGUGUUCCUGAGAUGGUCAUUCUGAUGUUGUCAAGACAACGGCUGCAUGUCUUACCGAGGUGGCUAGUCUGAAGACCUCAGACGAACAGCUGCAGGUGUUCCUGAGACUGUGUUCCAGAGAUGGUCAUUCUGAUGUUGUCAGGACAACGGCUGCAUGUCUUACCGAGGUGGCUAGUCUGAAGACCUCAAGAGAGGUGUUCCUGAGACUGUGUUCCUGAGAUGGUCAUUCUGAUGUUGUCAGGACAACGGCUGCAUGUGUUACCGAGGUGGCUAGUCUGAAGACCUCAGACGAACAGCUGCAGGUGUUUCUGAGAUGGUCGGGGCGGUCGGGUAGCCUAGUGGUUAAAGCGUUCGCUUGUCACCCCGAAGACCCUGGUUCGAUUCCCGACAUGGGUACAAUGUGUGAAGCCCAUUUCUGGUGUCCCCCGCCGUGAUAUUGCUGGAAUAUUGCUAAAAGCGGUGUAAAACCAAACUCACUCACUCACUCACUCUGAGAUGGUCAUUGUGAUGUUGUCAAGACAACGGCUGCAUGUGUUACCGAGGUGGCUAGUCUGUGGACAUCAUGAACUCCUGUUUUAGAUACCCUUUAUAUCAGCAAUACAUUUUAUGCAGUAAUGUAAAAUUAAGCGUUUUAGGCUCUUCUUCUAUAGUGGUCCUGUAACCAGUAUAAAUACAAGUCACCUGUGUACACCCGGAUUAGAAUAGAUCUUCAACAACCCAUGCUUGCUGUGAAAGGCGACUAUGCUUGUAUUAAGAGGCAACUAAUGGGAUCAGGUGGUCAGGCUAGCUGACACUGUUGAUGCAUUUCAUCUUAUCCCAAUGGCAUAGAUCAAUGCUUCUGGUAUCAAUCACUGGAUUGUCUGCUCCAGACUCAAUUGUUUUCAGACUACCACCAUAAAGCUGGAAUAUUGCUGAGUGCACCAUUAAAAACAAUAAACAAACAAAUACGAGUCACCUAGACCAAGCCAUUAUAUUAUGUGACUAUAUAGAUAUGAAUUGGGAAAUUGUUCAUUCACAUUUGAGAUUUAUAUUCUGUCUUUUGGUACAGACUUUGAGAUGAAUAUUGGCCUUGUAGCUGGUCUAGAUUUAAGACUGAUCGUGAUGUAUUUGAAACAAACUACUUCACAAUCCACUUUGUAUCAAAGACUACCGUAGUCGACGUAAUGAGCACCCCAUUCUAAGCGCCCACGGCGAUAUUUGCUAAUAUAUUGGCUAGUGAACAAUCCCAAUUAGCACACCUUCCGAUUGAUCAAUGUACACAAGACAGUUAUUUGCGAAUAAUACAGGCUAUCAUUUCAGGCUGUCAGCAUUAACCACGAAAUCUUUCAACACUGUUGGGUUUUUUUCACCGAAAGUGUUUUCUAAUAAGAGGUCCCUAUUUCUAAUUUUGAGAGUGCCCUGGGCGCUUAUUAUGUGGAAUACGGUAUUUGUAUUUGGAAUGGUUUGUUUAUUCCUUAAGACCACUGGGUAAAUUUUGUCUUGCUCAUGGCCACAGGGGCGGUUGGGUAGCCUACAGGUUAAAGCGUUAGCUCGUCACACUGCUGAAAACCUGGGUUCGAUUCCCUAAUCAAUCAAGGGACAAUGUGUGAAGCCCAUUUGUGGUUUCCCCAACUGUGAAAUUGCUGGAAUAUUGCUAAAACCAUACUCACUCACUCGUGGCCACAGAAUGCACACCCCUAGGGCAUGGCCAAGACAUGGUGGCGUUGUCUGUUGUGCACCCCACUGGGGUAUAGCCAGAAUGUCUGGGACAAAAACAUUUACUGACAGCAGCAUUGAACAAUGAAAUUUCAUCAGUUGAUGUCUCAGAUUAAUAUUAUCUUAACAUUCAGCAUGGUUUGUAAGGGAUGUGUUGCCUGAAUGUGAUUGUAACAAAUACAAUGUUAAUGCGCGACUUCUUGAGCUGUUAAGCAGUUUUGAAACUUGAAAAUACUUCAAAGUAGAAAUGUUUUGAUUUCUCAAUGUUAGCUCACUAAUAACUCCAUUGAGUCAAAUAAGAUGUGUUUAAUUAGCUAGCGGCUUGACAAGUGUACGUGUAAAGUUUAUGUACACACACUUAAUAUUUUUUUUGUUUUUUACAAGCAUUAUUUGUGCAACUGAACUCUGAUCUUCGAGUGAAUCUUUAAAAUAUGUUGCGUUUUGUUGGAUUUGUAGUAUGUUGUGACACUGCUGUUAUGAAUUAUGAUUUUAUUUCAAACUUGUGCACUCAGCUGGUCAGACUAGGAAGAGGGGCGGUUGAAUGUGAUUUUAUGUAUGCUUCAGUAACUUGUUAGAGAUGUUUGUUUUCAAGGAUUUGUGAAACACAAUGAGAAUCUGAUGAGAGACUGACUACACUAGGAGCUAUAGUGCUGUGUAAAUAUUUGUCAUGUGUAUCAUUCAUUUCCAGGCAUUGAGUGUAAAUAAAGUCAUAUUUUCGUU